CAGCCUGGACAGAUAUCACAUCAGUGGUUACCGAAACAACCGCAUAUACAUUAGAUGUUGGUUAUCUAUGGAUGGGACUUAAUUGUUUUUCCUCUGCAGCUUUUGUUUUAAUUAUGAGGAAACGUAUUAGAUCCACUGGAUUUAAAGAUUUUGAUACUGUAUAUUAUAAUAAUUUAUUGUCAAUACCUUUGUUAUUAGUCAUGAGUUUCAUUGUUGAAGACUGGAGCUCAAGUAAUUUUGAAAAAAAUCUUCCAAUAGAAAUUAGACAAACCUUAAUAACAGCCAUAUUGUUCUCAGGAAUAUCAGCAUUUGCUAUAUCAUAUACUUCUGCUUGGUGCGUUAGAGUUACUUCUAGUACAACUUAUAGUAUGGUAGGAGCAUUAAAUAAAUUACCCGUUGCCGCUAGUGGGAUGAUUUUCUUUGGUGAUCCAAUUAAUUUCGGAAAUGUUUCAGCCAUCAUCGUUGCCCCACAAAGGUCUAAUAAACAAAAUUCUUAUUUACCAAUGUCUGCUUCAAGUCAUAGUGUACGUGAAGCAAAUUCUGCAAACGAAAUGAAUCAUACAAAUGUUUCCAUUGGACAAAAGGGUUCAUCCUAA